AUGUCAAUGUAAAUUAUAAAUAGUGAAAGAGGACACAUUUCAUCACCUAUAUUAGGACCUACAUUACAAAUGAAUUAUACUUAAAUUGAAGCUUAUUAAAAAGGUUCAGAAAUUAAUGUGUCUUAACCAUCUGAAAUAUCAUAAAACAUUGUUAAUGAGAGUAAGAGUUAGUAAUUUGAUUUACUAAAAGCAGGUUUUCUAAAUAAAGCUUCAAAGAGCUUUAGUCGUAGAUAACCAAAUUAAUUAGUAAUUAGUAAUUCAAAUAAUAUAGAAAGUCAAUCAAAAGAUUGAUAGUUAAUCUAUAAAAAAAUUGGAAAAAUCAUCAUUAUUGAAAAACUUUUUUAGGAAUACAUUAGUUUAAAAAUUUAAAAAUAAUCUGUUAUAACAAUCAUAUGUACUUUCAUAUCAUAUGAAACAUCUCUUAUAAUCUGAAUAGUAUUUGUUAGAAGAUGCUUUUAAAAAAAAGAGAAGUAAUUUUAUUUAAUAAUCAUAGAAAUUAAUAAUUAAAGUUCAAAUAGAUUACUUUUUCUUCCUGGAGACAAAAUAAUAAUAAUUUGGGAUAAAUUAUCACUUAUAAUUAAUUUAUUUAGUUUAUGGUUAUGUCCUAUCUUGUUUGCUUUUAAUGAAAACUUAUCAAUAUUUGAGAAUUUUGAAAUAAUAAUAAUAUUAUUUUUGAGUUUUGAUAUAACAAUUAAUUUAAAUAGGGCAAUAAUUGAUUAAGGAGAAAUAAUUGAAGAGAGAAGUACAAUAAUAAAAACAUAUGUUAUUAAUCAUGUUUAUAAAAAUUUAAGUAGUAUAAUUUUAUGGGUUUUAUGCUAUCACUAAUUUUAUUAAAUAAGUGUUGCUAAAGAAUUCAUUUUUAUAUUUUAGAUUGCAAUUCUAAUUAUUUAAAUAUAAAAUAAUUUCUAAAAAUAUACUGAACAAUUAUAUUUAAAAGAAAUAGCAAGUAAUGUCAAAGAUAUAAUAAGUUUAAUAAUAUUAAUAUAUUAUUUUGCCCAUUAUAUGGCUUGUAUUUGGCAUUAUAUUGGAUAAUAUACAGAAUCUUUAGGGACAACAUGGUUAAUUAAAUAUAAUCUUACAAAUGAAGGAUUUUAUGUAAGAUAUAAUUACUCAUUUUAUUGGGCAUCAAUGACUAUGGUAACAGUUGGAUAUGGAGAUAUACUUCCAUAAAAUUAGGUUGAAAUGACUUUUGUAAAUAUUAUGAUGCUCAUCUCAAGUGUUAUGUAUGCAUAUUCUCUUAAUUCUAUUGGUAUAAUUUUAAAAUCAUAUAAUGAUUAAAAAUAAAAAUAAACGUAAUUGCAUUUUUUUAUUUUCUUAGAAGAUCUUUAAUAUUAAUUAAUAACUAUAUGAGAAAAUACUAAUUAGAUGAAACAAUAUAAUCAAGAGUUAGAAAUUAUAUAAAAUAUCAAAUUGAUAGAGAAUUUCAAGAAAAUAGUGAAAGUGUAUAUUAAAUAAUAAAUGAUUUACCACAUGGAUUAUAAUCAGAGUUGAAUAGAGAUUUAUAAACUAAAGUUGUAUAGAGUAUUAAAAUAUUAAAUCAAUAAUUUUCUAAAUAAUCCCUCAAAAAUCUUACAGAUGAAUUGAAAUUUAUCAAAUUAACACCUAAUGAUUUUGUAUUUCAUAAAGGAGAAAAUGAAGAUUAAAGUUUGUAAUUAAAAUUUAUUUAAUUAGAUACUAUGUUGAUGAAGGAGAAAUUGAAUUAAUAGAAGAAAAUAGUAAAAAAGUAUUAGCUACAGUUAAAAAAGGAGAAACUUUAGGGGAAUAUCAAUUUUUUACUGGUUUAUAACCUAAAUUUUCUGCUUUAAGUGUUGGAUUUUCAUCUUUAUAUUAAAUUAAAAGAUCUGAAUUUAUAAAUUUAAUAAGAUAUAAUUAGAAGGAUUUUGAAAAAUUUCAUAAUAUUAAGGAUACUAUAGUUUUUAAUAAUUCAUUCUCUAUCUUAUUAAAAAAUUGUAAAAUUUGUAAAUAAUAUAAUCAUCUAACAAUUGAAUGUCCCUUAUUAACCUAUAAACCUAAUUUAGAAUAAAGAAUUAAAAAAUCUUUAUAUCAUACAAAUUAAGAAAGAGAUAUAAAUUUUAAAAGACUUAAUUAAAAACUAAAUGUUAGAAUUAUGUAUAAGGAAAUAUAAGGAUCCAUUAAAUCUUAUUAAUAAUCUUCAAAUUUUACUGAAUAAAUUGAUGGUUCAUCAAUUAAAAUCGAUACUCCUGAUAUUUUGUAAAUUAGUAAAUAAGCUACUAAAAAGAAAUUUACAAUCCAACCUAAAUUCCAAUACAAGGAUUCUGAUAAUAAUUAAGAUGAUGAAAUAAUUAAUUUAUAAGAAUUUAUCAAAACAUCUAAAGUAGACAGAAGAAAAUCUAAUGCUAUGACCAUAUUUGCAAAAAAGUAAGAGUAUAAAAAAAAAACAUCUUUAGGAUAAGUGAAUAAUUAAAAGGAUGUUUAAUUAAAUUGUUCUAUUAAUGAUAUAACAGUGCCUUUUGAUUAAUAAACUUUCUUAGAUGAAUUUAAAUUAGAAUUAAAAUUUCAUUAAAAUGAUAUUGAUAAAAUAUAUUUCUAUCAAUAUUAUAAAAAGCAUGAUAAUGCAGACAACAUAAUAAGAGUUUAUGAGAAUUUCAGAAAAAAAAAAGGUUCCCGUAUAUUUUCUAAAACUGAUUUAAAUGCCUAACUUUAUACCUUUAACUAAAAUGUAGUUAAUAGAAUAAUGAAAUUUAGGUUAAGUAACAGAAAAUGA